CACAGAGCCUGUUUCUAAAAGCCGGUCGCGUCACUAAGAAUCUUCAUUCUAUUAACGUUCAAUCAUCCAGCACUGAAUAUACAUAUUUAACUAGUUCAUAACUGCGUACAUGUAAGAAAUUACUAUAAGAAAGUAUUGAAUAAAAUCGUGCUAAUCAAAGCAACAAGGAAACAGGACAAAAGGUUCUCAAGUGUUUAUUAUCGUUCAUUUUUCCAGUUUUUUUAAGCGAAUUAUGUCUACGGAGGCACGAGGAAUCGUACUAUCUGGUACACAAUUGGCUAAAUUUAAGGUUAUGGGGAUCUAUAAAAGCGGGAGAAGCAAAUUAAGGCGGGAUUCGCUCUUACUGUAUUCAAAUAACCAUAUUUGAACGGCACAUAGAAAUUCGUGCAUCCUUAACACAAGAUGUAAAAAAUGUAAGGGCUAAGUUACCAAACUUUACUCCUUGUUUGGCUAUUGUCCAAGUCGGUGGUAGAGAAGAUUCCAACGUUUAUAUACGAAUGAAAAUCAAGGCGGCUACCGACAUUGGAAUAAAUGCACAACAUGUUAAACUUCCGAACACCACAACGGAAAUUGAACUGAUCAACAUAGUAAACAAAUUAAACAAUGAUCCUACCGUUCACGGUAUCAUCGUUCAAAUGCCGCUUGAUAGCAUUAAUGAAAUUAAUUCUCAUUUAAUCACGGACACAGUAUCACCUUCUAAAGAUGUUGAUGGUCUCAACACGAUUAACGAAGGAAGAGUUGCAAUCGGUGAUAUGUCAGGAUUUGUCCCAUGCACACCUAAUGGCUGCAUCGAGCUCAUUAAAAAAAGCGGUGUAUCGAUCGCCGGUGCUCAAGCCGUAGUUUUGGGUAGAAGUAAAAUUGUAGGUACACCUGCAGCCGAAUUAUUAAAAUGGCACAAUGCAACAGUGACAGUAUGUCAUUCCAAAACGAACAAUCUUCCAAAAAUAAUCUCUCAAGCUGAUAUCUUGAUCGUGGCUAUCGGUAAGCCUGAAUUCGUUAAAGGGAGUUGGAUAAAAUCUGGUGCUGUUGUAAUAGAUUGUGGCAUCAAUGCCAUUCCAGAUCCUACGAAAAAAAGCGGUGAGCGUUUAGUAGGUGACGUUGCUUAUGAGGAAGCUUCGAAAGUAGCUUCGUAUAUUACGCCCGUUCCCGGUGGUGUUGGCCCUAUGACAGUAGCAAUGCUGAUGAAAAACACAGUAACAUCAGCGACAAAAAUGGCUGAAAACCUUGUUAAUGUCGAUUGGAAGCUAAAAAUUCUAAAAAUUAAUCCACUAAGACCAGUUCCAAGUGAUAUAGCCAUCUCUAGAAGUCAAACAUAUAAGCCUAUUGCAAGCUUGGCUGAAGAAAUCGGUCUAUUACCAAACGAGUUGAGUCCUUAUGGAGAUAACAAGGGUAAAAUAAGUUUAAAUGUCCUAAAGAGACUGAAGGAUCAGCAAAAUGGAAAAUUCGUGGUCGUCGCUGGAAUUACGCCAACGCCUUUCGGUGAAGGUAAAAGUACAACAGCUCUUGGAUUAGUGCAAGCUCUUUCAGCACAUAAAGGAACAAAUUCUUUUGCUACGUUAAGGCAGCCUAGUCAAGGACCUACUUUUGGAGUUAAAGGAGGAGCUGCUGGUGGUGGAUAUGCACAAGUAAUUCCUAUGGAAGAAUUCAAUCUUCAUUUAACCGGAGACAUCCACGCUGUAACCGCCGCAAAUAAUCUUUUAGCAGCUCAAAUUGAUGCUCGAUACUUCCAUGAAUCCACUCAAAAUGACAAGGCUCUGUACGACAGACUGGUACCUUCGAUUAAAGGUGUCCGAAAAUUCUCCAAAAUUCAAUUAAAGAGAUUACAAAAACUUGGAAUCUCUAAAACUGAUCCAAACUCAUUGACAGAAGAAGAACAACGCAAGUUCGCACGAUUGGACAUCGAUCCACAAAACAUUACGUGGACUAGAGUGGUUGAUAUAAAUGAUCGUUUCUUACGUAAAAUAACUAUUGGCCAAAGUCCAACUGAGAAAAAUAAAACAAGAGAAACUUCCUUCCAUAUUUCUGUUAGUUCUGAAAUAAUGGCGAUACUUGCUUUAGCUACAAACGUUGAAGAUUUAAAGCAAAGAUUGGGCAAUAUAGUAGUUGGAUUCGAUAAGAAUGGCAAUCCCUUAACUGCUGAAGAUUUUGGUAUGACUGGUGCAAUGGUUAUCCUUCUGAAAGAUGCGAUCGAACCAACACUUAUGCAAUCUUUGGAAGGUACACCUGUAAUGGUUCAUGCUGGUCCCUUCGCUAAUAUCGCACACGGUUGUUCCUCGAUAAUAGCAGACGCUAUUGCAUUGAAACUAGUCGGACCAAAUGGUAUCGUAGUGACAGAAGCUGGAUUUGGUUCCGAUAUAGGCAUGGAAAAAUUCUUUGAUAUUAAGUGUAGAACAUCUGGGCUCGUACCAAAUGCUGUAGUUCUUGUUACAACUGUAAGAGCCUUGAAAAUGCAUGGUGGUGGUCCAGUAGUAAACCCAGGAACAGCUUUAAAAAAAGAAUAUAUUGAGGAAAACGUUGAACUUGUUAGAAAAGGUCUUCCAAAUCUUCAAAAACAUAUCAGCAAUGGUCUGAAAUAUGGAGUACCCGUUGUUGUAGCUAUAAAUUCGCACUCUACCGAUACAGAAGCUGAACUACAGCUUAUCCAAAAAGUGUCAUCAGAGAGUGGUGCAGUAGAUACAGUGAUCUGCACUCACUGGGCUGAUGGUGGAGCAGGUGCAGCAGAUUUGGCAGAUGCAGUUAUCGCUGCAACAAAAAUACCAAGUAACUUUAAACCAUUGUAUGAUCUGAACCUCAGUAUUGAGGAGAAGAUAAACAUCAUUGCUAAAGAAAUGUAUGGCGCUGGAGAAGUUGUUUUAGCAGACAAAGUAAAAGAAAAAAUUAAAGUAUACAACACAUUAGGUUAUGACAAAUACCCUAUAUGCAUGGCAAAAACAGCCAAUUCAUUAACAGGAGAUCCAUCUAUCAAAGGUGCUCCAACAGGUUUUAAACUUGAUGUUAAUGACAUAUAUGUAUCUGCUGGAGCUGAAUUUGUUGUAGCUUCUGUUGGAGAGAUUAUGAUGAUGCCAGGUCUUUCUACUAGGCCAAGUAUUUAUGAUAUGGAUUGGAAUAGUGAAACAAAUGAGAUAGAAGGAUUAUUUUAAAUAUAAAAAAAAAUCAUUUUUCACACACACAUAAACAUGUUUAAAUAUCUGUUCAUAAUGUAAUAACUUUAUCUGUCAUUUAUAUUUUUCAUACUCUGUGUAUUUUAUGUAUAAUAUAUUACAUAUACGUAUUAUAUAUUCUUUAUGAAAUGUUAUCAUAUAAAUAACUGAAACGAA